UUUGUACUGAAUUUUUCCCAUUUGUCAUGGAUUUCAAUUAAACCCUUCUCUUUCUCUCAAAAGCUGUGCAUUUCCAGUUUCUCUCUGCUCAACUCCUAGCCGUUUUUUUUUCUUAUCCAUUAAAAAAAAAACAGUUCAGUUCAGAUCCGUUACAAACCCGAUUUUCUCUAAUAUCCCCGACCCGGGAAACCCCCUCCUCUUGCUCUGUUUCUUUGAAUCGUUUUGCAUUUUUCUCGUGCUCUGCAGGUACACCAGAUUUUUGUUACUUUCUUUUAUUCAAUGUGAUAUAAGCAUGGCAUAAAUAGCAGAAGCUUAAUGAUGAGAUAGCAUCGUCUUGGUUUCUUUAUUGAGAUCAAUCCAAGUCCCGUGAAUCAGUGAUUGGUUUCUCCAACGCGAAAUUCGCAUUCAACUCUUCCUCGAAAUAUUCGUAGCCUUAAGGUAAAGCUUAGAAUCUUCUAUUAGAAAACGCAAUCAAAUGUGAAUACGAGUGGAACUGAUGACUUAUUGAUUACCAAAGUCAACUGCUUUUUUGAGGAUCUGGGCAUUUGGAUUGGAGGCUAAGUUUGCUUAGUUCUGAUAAUUGAACUUGAAUUUGAGUGGGUGAGGAAAAUGUUGGAGCAUGAGCUAUGUUCUUCUCGGGUUCUGUCGCCGUUCAGGGAGGAAAGCGGCGAUGAAGAGCUUUCAGUUCUUCCGAGACACACAAAAGUUAUUGUCAGAGGAAACAAUAGAACAAAGUCUGUAUUGGUUGGGUUGCAAGGCGUGGUCAAGAAGGCUGUGGGCCUUGGUGGUUGGCAUUGGCUGGUUUUGAAGAAUGGGGUUGAAGUUAAGCUGCAAAGGAAUGCAUUGAGUGUGCUGGAACAUCCUACAGGGAAUGAAGUAGAUGAUGAUCAUGAUUUUGAUAAUUCAAGCAGUGGCUCAGACAUUGGUGAGAAGGACCAUGAUUUCUCUAGUAGCAUUGAGUACCACAGGCCUGCAAAACCGAGAGUUCGGCAUACAAAACCAUGGGUUCCAUCUGCACCCAUCAAAUCAACAAAUCGUAGUGGUUACAGAGAUGUUCGAUCCAUUAUUCAUGCACCUCAAUUGGUAAAUUUGGCAAGACUCGAUACUGACUCUUUGCGAAGAUAUUGCAAGCACUUCAAACUUGGAGGCAUCAAUGCUUAUUCACCAAGGGAACAAAUGCUUAACACUGUGCAGCAGCAUUUUGUGUCACAGCCACCACUGAAUGAGGUACAAGUGAUAUCUGAAUUCAUCAGCGUGGCUAAGAGACUGAAAACUGAUGACACACAGAGUGAGCAACUCUGAAUGUUUUCAACAUUGUAUUAUUACAUAUAUAUUUUAGCUCUAACCUUAGAUUAGAUCUAAUUAAAAGACUAAUUGGGAAGAGUUGUUGAUUGACCAACCGGAUUUCUUCCCCGGAUUCUAACCUUGUAAUAUAGGGCUAGUGCCCUUUGCUAUUUUCCAGUAUAUCUACUAUUCUAACAGUGCACAGAUCCCUCUACCCCAUCAUGAACUUCACUGGAACUUAUUACUGCCGAAUUCUUUGAUAUGUUACGGAUUUCUCUUUUGGGUU